AUGAUCAUGGGAAUGAUAGCCCAGAACAAAAAUAAAUCUUGUCUUACCACUGUGGUUUAUAGGAGAGAUUGGGAGAAACUAUCCUGCUUUCUUCAUGGCCUGAUUCCUGAAGAGACUGAUCCAAAAAUUAUAGCGGCAGGGAACUCAGUGCAUUUGGUACUGAGAUUUAAAUGCAACCAGACUUGUCCUCAAGGCCCAGCCAUUAAAACAUCGUCUCUCUUGACCUUCUGGUAUCUUGUCAGAGGGCUUUUCACUGUGAGGAAGUGUGGAAAUGGCUGUGUGUAUGUGUGUAAUCUGUUAGGUUGGGGAUAG